CGUCUCUUUCCUUCAAAAUUGUGAAAUGGAAAUAAGGAUUCAAUUUGAGAGCCCGACGUUUUUGGUUUAUUUCAACUUUCAAUUUUCUGCAAUUUUUUUAAUUAAAUUUAACGGCUGAAUGUCAAAAACCGGACGAGCGGCUCAAUCGGCUCGAGCGGUUAACCGCAUCGGCCGCUCGUCAACCGCUACAUAAAACCGGAGCGGCUUUUAGACUGUUUCGAGCCGGUUUUAUGACCAGGUGGCGGUUUUACCGGUCGGGCCGAGCGGCUCGGCUCGGCUUUAAUAACAUUGGUAAAGAGACACGCUACCAUUUACCGAAUCCCAAAAAAAGAUGGAACACAUAAUUGUGUUUAAAUUGCGUGAACGCAAGACAUGAUCAGGAUUUAGAAGCAGAAGAAGAAGCAGAUGUAAAUAAAAGCCCAACCUCUUCACAAUCCGGAUCAUGUACACAAGCCCACUUUUGAAGGGAAUUUAAAAGCCUGCAAAAAAUGAAUGAUUAAACCCAGAAAUAAUAUGGAUCCCAGUCCAACUAGACUUUGUCCUAAACACACCGUUAAUACAUAAACACAAGUUAAGGCGAACUCUCCAUCCGAUUCGAAUCAAAUUCUGUCUUCUUCAUCUUCUUCCUCAAUUAGGUCGAAGACUGUGUUGCUUAUUUCAUCUUCAAUUUGUUGUAAGCAAUGCAGUCAAAAUCGCGUUUUAAAACUUAAAAACUUACGAUUUUACGCUUUUAGGUCACCAAAACGCUUUCGUUUCCAUAUAAAAACUUAAGUGUAUAAAAUCGGACUAAAAUGCGCUUUAAAGCAUAAAAGCUAACGGUUUUAUGCUUCUAGUUCACCAAAACGCUUUACGUUUUUACGCUUUUAGUUCACUAAAUGAGUAUUCUUUUCAUGAAAUUAAUUAUAAAAAGUAUAUUUUAAAAGUAAAUCACCAACAAUAUGAUACAUUUGAGAUUAGAAGAUACAUAUCAGGUACUUGGAUGCAUUCUCAACUUCAAUAGAGUAAUAUAAUUCACCAGCUAGGUUUUUCCCAAAUUCAUUAGCAUAGAGGGAAAAGUGGCUUAUUGUUAAAAUUUAUGUUUACGAACUUAUUAUUAAGAUGCUAUAAGUUGUUCUACUUUAGGCAUGAAUCGCAUGUAUUUAUUAAUUUAUCUGUGUUCAUAUUUUGCAUAGCAUAUGUCCUAAUUAAUAGAUUUUUAGUUAUUUUUCAGUAUGCGUCAAAAACUUACGCUUUUACGCUUUGAUUCUACGCUUUACGAUUUUAUCCCUUUUCCGCUUCUAGGUAGAAUCGCGCUUUUGACUGCAUUGGUUGUAAGGAGUUCCAAUAACGCUAACACAUGAUGACAAAGCACUGGCGACUGAACCCUAGGGUUAGCAAAAUGAAAAGUUCGAUGAACACAAUAAUAGACAUGGUCGUCGUAAUCGUGUUAGAAAGAGAUAGGUGUGUAAAUUCCGGUCGGAAAUAAAAUGGCGAAGAACAAAACGUCGAUUGUGGAUACAAGGAUUUGUGGUUCAAAACGAUGAUUAUGUGGGGAUUUUAGAUUCCGGUCGGAAAUAAACUGGCGAAGAACAAAACGUCGAUUGUGGAUACAAGGAUUUGUGGUUCAAAACGAUGAUUACGUGGGGAUUUUAGAUUGAAAAGGGAUCUCCUCUUCGAACGUGGAUACAUAGAUUUGGGGUUCAAAACAUGAUGAUGUUGGGGAUUUGAUAUUGGAUAGGGAGCUAAAUCGAGUGUGGAUCAAAUGAUAAAAGGAUUUCAUAUUUCAGAAACGAUGAUAAAAGGAUUAUGUUUGAACUUCGAACUAAGAGGGGACGUCCCCUCCAAGACGAAUGAGGGACUGGAAAUUGGUUAGGGCGGCGGGUCGUAUCCAUAGGGUUUAACCUCUUAAUCGAUAUAAUUAAACCGGGUACAGUUAGGUUGAAGUCCAAUGAAAAAAGGUUAAACGCUUCGUGAUGUUUUUGGUAAUUUUCCUUGCCCCCGAUUACCCGUCCCGGACACCCUAGAACUGCCCAUAUAUAUAUAUAAAGUCCAUCCAGAAAGCAGGAAAUUUUCCACGUAAACAUCUCCAGCAAAGAGUUUAGGGUUUACUCGAAAUUGAAGGUUUGUCGGUAUUCAUUUCUCUUCGUACUUUUCUUAUUGCCUGGCUAAGCUAUAUGCGAGUCGAAGUAAAAUUCUUUGUCUUCCUCUUGGUCUUGGCAGGUAUCUCAUGAGCCCAUUUCGGCGCAUCGUGCACAUACUCAAAUGGCUACUCCGAAUGGGCCGAUUGUCAAUUAGAAUUUCAGGCCCAAUAUCCCUGAUCUCGUCCAACUCGAGAAGGAUAUCGUUUGGCCCAGCAGCUGGUGGAAUUUAGGUAUUUUACGCUUUCGCGAACGUAAGUUCCUGACUCCUGAGCUGAGACUGACGACCAUAGGCAAACGACAUCGUAUCAUUUCCCUGGGGGCUGGGUGAGAUUCUUCGUCAAGCAGAGAUCCCCGUGACCACAAGUUUUGGAGAUUCUGGUGGGACCCUCUCACUCCCUCCUCCUCACUCCUCCCCCGCCAGAAAGAAUCCAAAACAGUCAGCCAUAACCAACCAAAAAGUUUCUCGCUCCGGCGAAGAACGACGAUUCUUUCUUCUCCCCGUCUUCUAUUUCGGUCGAAGGGAUGGAAUCCGUCUGCCGGGCAGCCCAAUUCUCUUCCAAACCCACUUCUCCGACGAUCCUGCUUUCUCUACAAACCAAGCAUCUGAUCAGGGCCCAAAAGGGUUGGGCCCGUAGCUUUCCCGCCUCCCCACGCCGCGCAUCCCCCAAUCGAACGGUCGUAGCAGCGUCGUACGGUAACAACAACAGAGAUCGUGACGCCGUACCGGAGCGAAGGUCGAUUGGGAAAACUGUGGUGGGUGUCUCCGCCGCCGUAGCUGCUCUCGUCUCCGUCUAUUUCUCCGACCCGCCUCCGUCUCUCGCCGAGUCCCUCACGGUGGCUUUCCCAGUCUCCCGCGCUCGUGAGGUGAAUACAGUUCAAAGAACGCUUGUGGAGGCAUGGGGUCUGAUCAGAGAGACGUUCGUAGAUCCAACUUUCAAUCAUCAAGAUUGGGAUUCAAAGUUGCAGCAAACUAUGGUGGAGAUGUUUCCUCUUAGCUCAUCUGAUGCUGCUUAUAAUAAGAUAAGGGGAAUGCUAUCAACCCUUGGGGAUCCCUUUACUCGGAUUAUCAGUCCAACGGAAUACCAAAGUUUUAGAAUCGGCAGUGAUGGGAACUUGCAAGGUGUUGGCGUGUUUAUCAAUUUGGAACCAAGAACAGGCCGUUUGGUGGUUUUGUCUUGCAUAGAGGGAGGGCCAGCUGCUCGUGCUGGGGUACAGGAAGGAGAUCAACUGAUUGAGAUUGAUGGUCAGCGGUUGGAUGGUGUUGACAGCGAGGUGGCAGCCCAAAAGCUAAGAGGACGAGUUGGGACAUCAGUAACAAUGAAACUCAGCAGCAAAGACUCAGGCAGUGACUCUAGCACCAGAGAGGUCAAAUUAUCUCGAGAGUACAUCAGACUUUCACCAAUAUCCAGUGCCAUCAUCCCUCACAGGACACCAGAUGGCCGUUUAGCCAAGACUGGCUACGUGAAGCUGUCAGCCUUCUCUCAGAGCGCUGCGACUGACAUGGCAAAUGCAAUUCAAGAGAUGGAACGUCAAGAUGUGCAAUCCUACAUUCUGGAUCUUCGCAAUAACCCAGGGGGUCUGGUGAAAGCAGGACUCGACGUGGCACAAAUGUGGCUCGACGGAGAUGAGACACUAGUGAACACACUUGAUAGAGAAGGUAACAUGCAGCCGAUUAACAUGGUGGACGGCCAUGCCAUAACACACGAUCCCCUGGUUGUCCUGGUGAACGAGGGAAGUGCUAGCGCUAGUGAGAUAUUAGCUGGAGCUUUGCAUGACAACGGGCGAGCCAUCCUUGUCGGCCACAAAACCUUUGGCAAGGGCAAAAUUCAGAGUGUGACAGAAUUGCACGACGGCUCAGCCCUGUUUGUGACGGUGGCCAAGUACCUGUCGCCGGCGCUUCACGAUAUAGACCAGGUCGGGAUAACGCCUGAUGUCCAGUGCACGACGGAAGAUGUGCUGAGAGAGUACUCUUCAUCGCAGUUGAAGAACAAAAAGAACAAAGAAUCCGCCUCCUUGGAAGCAGAUUCGUGUAUCAUGGUCGCUGAACAUGAACUGGACAUUCAGGAGUCGCGAGGCACAGCUUCGUGAACAAUCUCAAAGAACAAAAUGACUCAAUUGCGCUAGCUUUCCCAGAAUCAACUGGUGAAUCGCCAACACUGAUCGGCCUGAAUUAAAAUUGGAGCGCUGUUGUAUAUUGUAGAUAGAUAGUUUCUUCUGUAAUUUAAGUGUAAAGAUGAUAGGAUUUCAAGAGUCUCACAAGGGCUUUUCGUUAUAGUGUGUAAAAUUAAGCAGAUGCCGCCAUUGAUGAAUGGGUAAGUAAGCACAGAAACACCAGCACAGAUAAUAUAAAAAGGGUAUAUUAUUAUACAAUGAAUGGAUAUCUCGAUAUAUGAUAUGUAUAUAAAUAGGUCAAUGAAUUCGAUACAAAUCGUCUCCACCUUCAACCAGCCCACAUAACCAACCAGCCAGCUAGUACAGUAAACCAAACCCAAAUCUGGAACUAAAUAAAAACCCAAAACGAAGGAAGAGAGACGGAGAUAAAAUGAGAAGCAGCAGGGGAAGUAAGCGCCGCAAAAUUCACAAGGGGGUGAGGAGAACGAAAUCCUCUUUACAUCUUCAACAGACCCAUGAGAGAAACGACCACAGAGACGGCAACGAAAGCGCCGGAGGCGGGAACGGAGAAGCCAGCGCCGGUCACCUGCGACGGCGAGGGAGCCGGGGCCAUUUCCUGGGCGGAGACGAUGGUCGCCAGGGAUGCGACCAGCAGGAGCACGGAGAGGGCAGCUGCCUUCGAGAAGCUAACUUGGGCCAUUGUUGUAAUUGCUCGAAGAAAGAAGGGUUUGAUGGGCUCUGUGGGUAGAGAGAUGAAGAGCUGAGAAAGAAGAGAAUGGAGGUCUGAUAUUUUGUGUGGCGGUGGUGGGAUGGAAGAAGGUCAUAAUAAGAGCGGUUUUUAUAGAGGGUAUUUUGUUUAGACGCGGCGGGUGGGACCCAUUUUUUGAACGGGAAUAAAACAAUUAAAUAAUAGUGGGUUUUUUUUAAUGUUUAAUGACAGCGAAUAAAUAAUAAUAAUAAUAAAAAUCAAAAUUGUGGGAGUUAACCGACCAAUAGUGCGGUGGCAGACUGAAAUAAGACAGCCCAGCCCAUAACAACACAAGGUGGCCCACCUGGUGGUGUGAAAUGAGUUGUUGAACAAACUACCGCGCCACGAGAAGUUCAUUCCUCCUUCCUUUCUUUCUUUUCUCUCUUUCCACGAUUACGGUAUAAAGUUGGGAAAUUGUGCUGUAAAGCAAGCAUAGGUUGUGGUGGUGUGGAAAAGUUCGUUCAGUCAAAGUUAAAGAAUUGGUACUACCCUUCCUUCAUUCACGCUUACCUUGCCUGUUAAGAUAUUUCGGGGUCGUUUGGCUAUUGUUUUGUUGAAAUUGUCAUUAUGCAUGUAUUGUUUACAAUUCAUCGUUUUUUUGUUUUUUAGCAGAAACAAUAUAUGGAUUGUUUCUGUGAUGUGACAGAAACUAUCACUCAUUUUGAGUGAUUGUUAUAUCUCAACUUUUAGUUGUUAUUGUUGAGAUAGUUGAGUUGAGAUUGUUUUGUCUCAGCUUUUAGCUGAUGCGACAUACACAAUCGCACAUACCAAACGUUGUAUUCUACAAUGUAUCAAAUUCAACAAUAUAUAUAUAUAAUAUUAUACAUGCAUUCUCAACAAUACAUAUAUGUAACAAUCGCAACCUCCAAACGAUCUCGACCUGGUGGGAAAUGGCUCGUCUUUUUGGGUUUUGUGUGGACGGGCUUCAUUCAGGCAUGUGGCAGCGUCAAACCAAGCAAUCGCCUACGAAGAAAAUUUGGGCAAGGAAGGGGAAGAAAUGGGCGAGUCAUGUUGAUAACUUGUAUGAAUAAGAUAGAAACAAUUGC